AAAAUUUUCAAGAGAAAGAAGAUUACUCUAACCUCAAAACUAAGUAUUAUUGUUUUGAUACAAGUUUCAAGAUAAAUAACAAAUAAUAAUUUUAUGAUUAAAUAUGAAACCUGCGAUUGUGGCUGAUGAAAUGUUCCCAGAAGGUGCUGGACCUUACAUGGAUCUAGAGGAAGCAGGAGGCUCUUCAGGAUUAUUAAUGGAUUUGACUGCAAACGAAAAAGCAGCUAGUCAGCUAAUGUUCAUUAUUUAUCCAUUUACUUGUGGCGUUUUAGAUUUUGAAGACCUCUACGAUGAUGAAGACCUGCAAUAA